GGAACAACUUUAUCCACUCGAACAACAGAUAUUAGAUAUAAUGAAAUCAGCACAAGUAGACGGCCAUGAACCUAAAGGUUAUUUCAGCCAGAGCUUGAGUAAAUUGCAGCCCAAGCAUUACGUGCAAGCUGCUCAGAGUUUUGGACGUAAGCAAGUCAAACCAGCAUACUUCCAGGAAGAGAACCAUGUGCUAGUUGACAGACAAUUAGAACAGCUGGCUCCAGUGGGUCCUACAUCCAUGUUCCACCAGAAGUUUGAUAGGAUAGAUGAAAGUUUAGGCCGUUAUUCUCGUAAAGUUUUUGUCGGAGGCCUUCCUCCAGAUAUUGAUGAAGAGGAAAUUACUGCAACUUUUCAUCGAUUUGGACCACUGGUAGUUGACUGGCCUCACAAAGCGGAGAGCAAAUCAUACUUUCCUCCUAAGGGCUAUGCUUUCUUACUGUUCCAAGAAGAGCCCUCAGUACAGCUGUUGAUAGACAGUUGUAUUCAAGAAGAUGACAGGCUUUACUUGUGUGUAUCUAGUCCGACUAUUAAAGACAAACUGGUUCAAAUACGUCCGUGGAGAAUAAGCGAUGCUGACUAUGUAUUUGACUCCUCCUUGCCACUUGAUCCAAGGAAGACUGUCUUUGUAGGAGGUGUUCCUCGACCAUUGAAAGCAUUUGAAUUAGCUACUAUUAUGGACAGACUGUAUGGUGGUGUGUGCUAUGCUGGCAUUGAUACUGAUCCAGAGCUGAAAUACCCAAAAGGAGCAGGACGUGUGGCUUUCUCGAGUCAGCAGAGCUACAUAGCUGCCAUUAGUGCACGCUUUGUGCAACUCCAGCACGGAGACAUAGAGAAAAGGGUUGAAGUCAAACCGUAUGUUCUGGAUGAUCAGAUGUGUGAUGAGUGCCAAGGUGUUAGAUGCGGGGGUAAGUUUGCUCCAUUCUUUUGCGCUAAUGUGACUUGCCUCCAGUACUAUUGUGAGCAGUGUUGGGCGGCAAUCCAUUCUCGACCUGGGCGUGAAUUUCACAAGCCCCUAGUGAAAGAAGGAGCUGACAGGCCAAGAACAGUUCCUUUUCGUUGGUAUUAGUGUUUUUAAAACGUCUCAAAAUUUUGAAUUUGAAGAUUGUAUGGAUUUCUAGACUUUAAGUAGUCUGCUUCAUAUUCCCAUUACUAGUAAUGUGUUGUCCUCUGUAAAGCUAAAAUGUAGUUUUUACGAUCCACCACAGUCUGGAAACAUUGUAUUGGUCUACAGUCAGUUUGUAGUUUGUACAAUGCACUACAGUUGUUUAGUUUGGCUCUGGAAACAUUGUAUUGGUCUACAGUCAGUUUGUGUAUCCAAAUUUUGCAGUACUUUACAAGUUAUUUAAGUAUGUUGUGAGUUGUUUAAUUAAAGUUGCUAGCAGCCUUACAUUACAGUACUACGUGAAAUUGUGCAUAUACUACAUCCUGCUUCCUAUUCAUCCCCUCAGGUAGUUUAAAUUAUCGUAUAAAAUAUUAGCAGACUGCCGUUAGGGAUAGUUAUGUAGCUAGCAUCAUACUUAUAGUCUAUAAGAUUGGUGAGUAUGUGAUCCUUAAAAAAGUUCAUGAGAUAUAUAUAAAUAGUAGAUAGCAUACAGAAAUCAAGUUUCUCCACAAUCAAACUAUUUUAAAAGAAGUGAAAAACUUGGUUGUUGUAUGCAUAACUGUAAUUUAAUGUUGAAUAGUCUUGUAAUCCUGUUACCAUAGCUUUGUAGCAUGCUUCAUUUUGUGAUAGAUAUGUAUGUAAACUAUUCAGAAAACUAUAUAAUAGCAAAUGUAUGUCAUUUGGUACAAUAUUAGAACUUUGAGGUCUCUCUUCUCGAUUAGAGACUUAGUUAACACUAGUCAAUGUUGGGAAAAAUGGCUUCGUGUAAAAAAGCCAUAAGAAUAGUUACAACAGGGAUGAAGCAUAACUUGACAGAGAUCAGCGUUUAAUGUGUUGUUGUGGGUAAAGUGUGUUCUAUGAGAACAUUUGUUAUGUUAUUAUAUGAUACUAGAAUGGUAAAUUUAUUGAACUAGAUUUUAUUGAUAGGUUCUUAUAUAUUUAUAUAUAUACACACAGUUGAAUCGAAUCUUUGUUACCUUUUUCUAUUGGAAGAAAAUACUGGAUUUUUGGUUUUAUUUUGUUUAAUGGGUUUUAUCACUUGAGUUUUGGUUUCUCCGUAACAUUAUAUAAUUUGCUAGAUACGUUGAUGAACCCUUGGGACAUUGUUAAAAAUAUUAUUUUCGUGACAUUUUAAAUUAUACUACAAAUAUCUUUUGUACACAACAUGGCAGAAAAUUUGAUGUUGGAAUUUUGGAAUCUGAAACUUUCUGAAAUAGCAUAGUUCUACACCAAACUUAAUUUUUUUUUUACAGUACUUUCAGUAUCUCUUUGAACAGAGAGGGAUACUUAGAACAUGCUCCUUUCUGUUUGUAAGGCCUGUGGCUGUUACAAUACAGAUGUUAGACUGAAAACAAAACUUCAAAAAAGUUUUAAGUUUUUUCAUUAACUGCUUAGUUUUAAAAUCUGUUUCUUUCCAGUUCAUUAUUUUAUUUUGGUAUGUCACUGUGAACAGAACUUGUUUUACUGGUAUGGAAUUUUAGUACCGUUCGUAUUACUGUAUUUUUUCAUAAUUAAUUUAAAUUGUCUUAAAGGAAUUAAUUCAGCUCGUUGAUUCCUUUCUUCUUAAGAACUAACCCAGAAGAAUUUUACAGGCUGUAAGACAGUUUUCUGGCCUGGAAGUGCACAUUUUUUACUCUGAUAUUAAAGACUGAAUUGAGUUACAUGAUGUGGACAUUAUAAACUGAAUCACAGGUAACUGGUUUAGGAUGGAACAUAUUUUAUUAAUUAGGUAACCAAGCGUGUAUUGAGGAUAGUGUGCAUGCACUGUCUGUGAUUUUAAAGCUAGUGACCCGGUGUUUUGGUGUGAUAAACUAUAGUGUAUGGACAGGAAAUAAAGUAAUAUGUUCGAGUUGUUUGUAAGCAUGUAUUGAGGAUAGUGUGCAUGCACUGUCUGUGAUUUUAAAGCUAGUGACCCGGUGUUUUGGUGUGAUAAACUAUAGUGUAUGGACAGGAAAUAAAGUAAUACGUUCGAGUUGUUUGUAAGUAAUGUUUAGAAACUAUUUUUUUUUCGUUUUUAUAUUUUAUUUAAAUGUUCAUUUUAAGCUUACUGAUCUCAGCAUCGACUUAUAAAGAGUAGUUGAAUAAGAGAAAAUAUCAGAAGAAUUAGUCAGUAGAUAAAUAAAACACACACACACAAAAAAAAUUAAUUUUAUUGUAGAAUGUUUGUGAAAAUGUAAACGACUAUUGUGGUCAAAAUAGUUGUUUUAUGUGAAUAAUCGUCCUUCGUGUAGUACAACAAGUUCAAUCCCCUUUUGCCAAGGGCUGUGGAAGAACAAGAUUUUAUUCAAAUUAUUAAUUUCUAAGAGCAUGUAAAGAUAGGUUUUAUGAAUUUUUACUGGUGAAUCAA